AUGUCAGAACAAACAGCAACCAUUGCUUCCCUUUGUGUUUCCACUCUUCAAUCUCUCAUCGUAUUCGCUGCUAAUUUUCUCACCAUAGCUGUGUUUUGGAUUCACCGAAACAAACUAAGACGAACUUACUUACUUCUUAUCAAUUUGGCCGUAGCCGAUCUUCUCGUUGGAUUCGCAUACAUGACACCAUAUUUGACGGUGUUAGCACUUCCUAGUUACAUUAGAAAAUCUAAACUUAAUGGCAAGACUUAUGACUAUCUUGUAAUCCAAUUUCAAGUUACAUUUUUAAGUACAUCGAUGUUCUUUCUGGUUCUUAUUUCUCUAGAACGUGCAUUUGCUUUGAUUUGGCCGCUUCUCCAUCGAACAACAAGCACGAAGACGUUCAUCUACGGUGUCGUCACUGCAUGGUUAGCAGGUGUUUCU